AUUGUAAGCCUGUAAGUAGCGAUGAAGAUCGUCAAGAGUAGGAAUGACUUACUGACAAUUGCUCAUAUCUCCUAUACUCUAUAGUAAACUGCACGCCCUUGUAUCCGCACGACGAGAUCAUCGGUGGCUACGAUCCUAAUCAACUUUUAACAACACACUUUCUCACUAAACACUACUAAAUCUUUCAAAAUGGGUAUCUCCCGUGCUACAAAGGAGGCUUGGUUCGUCAAGUUGAACGAAUUGCUCGACAACUACCCCUCCAUCUUCAUCGUCAAUGUCGAUAACGUUGGUUCCCAACAAAUGCACCAAAUUCGUGCUUCUUUGCGCGGAAAGGCAACCGUUUUGAUGGGUAAGAACACCAUGGUUCGUCGUGCUUUGCGUAUGAUUAUGGCCGAAAAGCCUCAAUUCGAAAAAUUGAUGCCUUACGUCAAGGGAAACAUUGGUUUCGUUUUCACUUCAGGUGAUUUGAAGGACAUCCGUACCGCCAUCUUGGCUAACCGUGUUGCUGCCCCUGCUCGUGCUGGUGGUUUCGCUCCUGCUGAUGUUACCGUUUCUGCUGGUAACACCGGUAUGGAACCCGGUAAGACCUCUUUCUUCCAAGCUUUGGGUAUUCCAACCAAGAUUGCUCGUGGUACUAUUGAAAUCGUUUCCGAUGUUAAGGUCGUUUCUGGUGGUACCCGUGUCGGUUCCUCCGAAGCCAUGUUGUUGAACAUGUUGAACAUCUCUCCAUUCACUUACGGUAUGAGUGUUGUUCAAAUCUACGACAACGGUCAAACAUUCGGCACUGAAGUUUUGGAUGUCGAAGAAAAGGUUUUGGUCGAACGUUUCCAAUUGGGUAUCAAGCAAAUCGCUGCUAUCUCUUUGGCUCUCAACUACCCAACCAUUGCCAGUGUUACCCACUCUCUUGUCAACGCUUACAAGAACUUGUUGGCCGUUUCAUUGGCAACCGACUUCGAGUUUGAAGGUUCCGCUAAGGUGAGUAUCGCUUUGAUGAUCGGAAUGGCGCACGCAUGAGAAAUGGCCCAAAAGAUGGCCAAAUUUUAUCACACUGAAAAUUCGGAUCAGUCGAAAUGACCAAUGACCGAGUAAAUGGGGUCAUACAAUGGCUUCAUCAUACGCUGAUGGUACAUGCAAGACAUGUUUGCGCUCUAGGGGGGAGAAAAUAUCGAUAGAAGCUGAUUGGUACAGAUUGCUGACAUAUUCUUGCCUCUUUUG